AUGACCAAUACAAAUCCUAUCAAACUUAGGUGUAGUUUUCAAGAUGAGCAAGAUGAAAAAAUUUUCGUGAUUGAGGUUUGCAAGGAAGAUAAGGUUACCACUCUUGAAUCUGCCGUUAAAAUUUUAUUAGCAAAUCAAGGUUACCAAGUUCUCUUUCUCAGCUUCGACCUCUAUGUUGAAAAUAAACUCAUAGAAUCAACCAAAGAGAUCUCUAAGUAUUUCGAUAAGCCUCCUGUUCAGGAUCAACAUAUGAUCAAAACACUUUUUUGCCUUGUUCAUGGAAAUCCUCUUAAAGUUAUGUUUUCGAUUGAUGUUGAUGCCAAUGAUACAAUUAUGUCUGUCAGAGAAAUCAUUGAGAAAAAGAUCUACAUUCCUGAUAAUAUGAGAGCAAAAGACCUUACGCUAUGGAAAGUAAACGUUCUGUACAAUAAAGAUGCUAUACAGGUUCCUGAUAAUUAUAUUCACAUUAUGGUUGAAAUAUCAAAUAUUGUCACUGUCCGAAGCUACUACGAUCUCAAAUAUAAUUCCAGUAAAUUUCAACAACUUCUUAAUUUCACUGGAUUGACCCUAAAGAAUAUAGAAUUUUCUGGAAGAAUAUUAGAGGAGAAUAUAGCUUCCUAUAAUUGGACUAGCCACGCCAAAAAUCACCUAGACCAACGCAGAAAAGUUCUCAAAUAUUUUAAAGAUAACUUAAAAUGUCAUCCUCCCACAGAGAUCAUCAUUGAAGAUGUUUCAAAUAACAAACAUUUACUUGAUAUUCCCAAAUUAUCAUGUUUGCCAUUUAGUGUUAAUAGCAGAACAGAUCUUGUCUUAGUAGAGAGGAAUUAUAUCAAAAGCAAAAUGUUCAGAACUGGAAUCCAUGCAAUUAUCGAGUUGAAAAAAAAAUUGGAAGACAGAGAUUUCCGGCAGGCUAUCCUCGAAAUGAUUGUAGCUGACAUACUUACAAAAUGUCAAAAAGUGAUCGGUGUGAAGAAUUCUUCACGCUUAUGUGAUCUACCGGCUGAAUCAAAUAAGUCUAGAUCGAAAAAAUCACCAGAUAUCGGGAAAAGCACUCCACCUACAUCUCAGACUUCAAAAACCAAUCAGACUAAU